AUGGAAGCAAGCGAGAGUGAGCAUGGGGCCAUACCACCCGAUCUGAAAGACCGAUUAACUGCAUUUGACGAUUCCUUAACUCGACUUGAGGCAUCCCUAGAACCACUGUUAUCAGUGCCCAGAAAUGAACUUUCCGAAAAGUUAUGUGCCUUGGAUCAAGCAAAGAUUGACCUACUCUCUGCCUAUGCUCUCAAUUCAAUGUUUUGGAUGUACCUAAACACUUGUGGAGAGAACCCUAAGGAUCACGGCAUCAAGCAAGAACUGGAUAGAAUCCGCACCUAUAUGGGCAGGGUGAAAGAAAUCCAGGACAAAGUCAACGCUCCAAAGCUGGACAAAAACGCUUCCAAAAGAUUUGUGAAAAGUGCAUUAUGGCAAGCUGCUCAAAACACAGUUAAAGAAUCGAAGGAAGACACACCUGUGGUUAAAGAGGAAGAAUUGAAGCCAGAUUUGAAGAGAAAGUCAGAGACAAAUCACAAUCCAGUAAAACGUAGUCACCGAGAAAAGAAGAAAAAAAAGAAAGAAAAAAAUAAUGUUUGACCAUGGCACUGCAUCUGGAAGAUGUCUCAUUUUUAUUUGGCACUGUGGUUUUCAGAGGUUAUAACUGGUAGGAAGGUUUGUGUUACACAGGGGGGAAUUGGUGUUACU